UGCAGAUGAGGCGGGGAGUACGAGGACGUACUUUGCACGUCUCGCGGAAAACAGUUCCCAACGUUACCGGCCAAAAGAAAUUUUCCCACAUAUGCUCCCUCUCUUCUCGAUUCUGCAACAAAUUCAAAGCGCCAUUCUCUCUCUAAAUAUAAGGCCAUCUAUAUGCCAUUCCCCCUCUCUCUCCAAAAAAACAAUAAAAGUAACCGACAAACCUGAAUUCUUCUUCUUGGCCUUUACUCCGUUGGAAUUUGAAAGGAAGGAGAACUCCGCUUUUCGUUCUUCAAAAGCAAAAGAUUCAUGGAGUUGCUCUGCUUUUUACUCGCCUUAAUCUCUGUGUUAUCUGUGUUUUCAGGUGCCAUUGCCAAAAUCCCUACUACUGUCGAUGGCCCCUUCGAUCCCAUUACUGUCCCUUUUGAUAACUCUCUUCGUGGCCACGCCAUUGAUUUGCCCGAUUCUGAUCCUCGUGUCGGAAAACGUGGAAGAACUUUUGAACCUGAACAGAUUUCUCUCUCUUUGUCCACACCUGAUGCAAUUUGGGUCUCCUACAUCACAGGGGAUUUUCACAUUGGUAAUGGCACGAAGCGCUUGGAUCCUUCAAGUGUGAAAAGUGUGGUUCGUUAUGGCCCGCUGAGAUACCCUAUGGCCCAUGAAGCCACUGGUUAUUCUCUGGUUUAUGAUCAGCUCUAUCCGUUCGAGGGCAUGCAAAAUUACAGUUCUGGCAUAAUCCAUCAUGUUCGUCUCACUGGCCUGAAACCAGGAAAAAGGUACUAUUAUCGAUGCGGGGACUCAUCAAAUGGGCCAAUGAGCCCAAUCAAGUCUUUCAGGACAAUGCCGGAAGUUCGCGAUAAAAGUUAUCCGGGGAGAAUUGGAGUCGUGGGGGACUUGGGUCUCACAUAUAACACCACCUCUACCGUGGAUCACCUGCGUCGAAACGAUCCAGAUCUCAUUCUUCUUGUUGGGGAUGUUACUUAUGCGAAUCUGUACCUUACUAAUGGCUCUGGUGCUGAUUGUUAUGCCUGUGCCUUCCCUGAUACGCCAAUCCAUGAAACCUACCAGCCCAGAUGGGAUUACUGGGGAAGGUUUAUAGAGCCACUGGUGUCAAGAGUUCCAAUGAUGGUGGUUGAAGGGAACCAUGAAAUCGAAGAGCAAGCUUUCAACAAAACAUUUGUGGCUUAUAGCUCCAGGUUUGCAUUCCCCAGUGAGGAGAGUGGAUCCAAGUCCACAUUUUACUACUCAUUCGAUGCCGGGGGCAUACAUUUCAUCAUGCUCAGUGCCUACACCUCUUAUUACAAGUCAGGAGACCAGUACAAGUGGUUGCAGAAGGAUCUUGAGAAGGUGGACAGGGCUGUGACUCCAUGGCUGGUAGUUUCUUGGCACCCACCAUGGUACAGCACCUACAAGGCUCAUUACAGAGAAGCUGAAUGCAUGAGGGUGGAGAUGGAGGAACUCCUCUACUCCUAUGGUGUUGACAUCAUCUUCAAUGGACAUGUUCAUGCCUAUGAAAGAUCAAACAGAGUAUAUAACUAUACGUUGGAUCCCUGUGGUCCCAUUUAUAUCACAGUUGGAGAUGGGGGUAACAGAGAGAAGAUGUCCAUUUCCCAUGCUGAUGAUAAGGAUGGAUGCCCUGAGCCCUCAUCCACACCAGACCCUUUCAUGGGUGGAUUCUGUGCUGCUAAUUUCACUGCAGGCCCAGCUGCCGGCAAGUUUUGCUGGGACCGCCAGCCUGAAUUCAGUGCUUAUCGAGAGAGCAGUUUUGGCCAUGGAAUUCUAGAAGUGAAGAAUGAAACAUAUGCUCUUUGGACAUGGCAUAGGAACCAGGAUAUGUAUAACGGCAUAGGUGACCAAAUUUACAUAGUGAGGCAGCCCAACAAGUGCCCUGUCCACCAUAAGGUGAUUAAGCCAUUCAGAGGACCUGGUUCUGUUGCAGCUAAAUCAUUGUUUACAUCUCCGCAUGUCUGGUAGAAAGGGCAAGAAAAUCCCCAUGAAAAGUGAAACUCCGCAAUUAUUACGGCUUGGGGAACAUAAUUAUCUUAUUAAACAUACAUAAAAAACAUACAGGAUAUAUGUGUAGUUACAGACACCCUAACUUACCCCAAAGAAAAAAAAGAGCGAACAAAAUGAAUAGAAACAAAGAAAAGAAAAAAGCAGCAUUUCUUUGUAGAUGUGAAGAUUUUGAAAGGAUGUACAGGGGAAAAUAUUUUCGUGUUCUGCAACAGUAUUUGAAAGUGUAAAUACAAAUAUAGUUCCAUGUUGAUGUCUGAUCUAUGAAUAUAACUCUCUUUUUGCCUCA